CGUGUUUCGAGUGGAGAGCAGGUUGUGGCUGAAGACGGAUCAUUCCUCCACUUCUGACGAUGGCGGCCAAUGAUGGGGACGUUUUCGGACAUAAAGAAAAGCGAAACCUGGAGCUCGGAGGUCACGUGGGGUUUGACAGUCUUCCAGACCAGUUGGUCAGUAAAUCCGUUGCUGUGGGAUUCUGCUUCAACAUCCUGUGUGUAGGUGAGACAGGGAUCGGCAAAUCGACGUUAAUGAACACUCUUUUCAACACGACAUUUGAAAAUGAGGAAGCCAGCCACUUUCAGGCUGAGGUACAGAUGCGCCCACAAACAUAUGAUCUGCAGGAGAGCAAUGUCAAGCUCAAACUGACCACUGUGCACACUGUAGGGUUUGGAGACCAGAUCAACAGAGAAGAAAGCUACAAACCCAUUCUUGAAUAUAUUGAUGCCCAGUUUGGAAGGUAUCUUGAGGAGGAGCUAAAAAUAAACCGCUCCUUAUUUAACUGCCAUGACACCAGAAUCCACAUCUGUCUGUAUUUCAUCGCCCCCACUGGACACUCCCUGAAGUCUCUUGAUCUCAUCACAAUGAAGAAACUCGACAGCAAAGUGAACAUCAUACCAGUUAUUGCAAAGGCAGACACGCUUUCCAAGAGCGAACUGGACAAAUUGAAGAUCAAGAUCAUGAGUGAGCUGGUCAGUAAUGGAGUACAGAUUUAUCAGUUCCCCACAGACGAUGAAGCUAUUGCAGAGAUAAACACCUCUAUGAAUACUCAACUUCCCUUUGCUGUGGUUGGGAGUUUAGAAGAAGUUAAAGUGGGAAACAAGAUGGUGAAAGCAAGGCUGUACCCCUGGGGAUCCGUACAGGUGGAGAAUGAAAACCAUUGUGAUUUUGUGAAGCUGAGGGAAAUGCUACUGCGUGUGAACAUGGAGGAUCUCCGGGAGCAAACCCACGCUCGACACUAUGAGCUCUAUCGUCGCUGCAAGCUAGAAGAGAUGGGCUUCAAGGACACAGAUCCGGACAGCCAGUCAUUCAGUCUUCAGGACACAUACGAAGCCAAAAGGAAGGAGUUCCUUGUGGAUCUGCAGCUCAAAGAAGAACAAAUGAGACAGAUGUUUGUAAACAAAGUGAAGGAGACAGAAGCUGAGCUGAAAGAAAAGGAAAAGGAGCUUCAUGAGAGGUUUGAGCAGCUCAAGCGGAUGCACCAGGGGGAAAAGAAGAAUCUUGAGGAGAAAAGACGAGAACUGGAGGAGGAAAUGAAUGCCUUCAAUAGAAGAAAGGUUGCAGCUGAGACGCUGAUGGGACAGGCUCUCCAAGGCUGCUCACAACAACCAUUCAAGAAGGACAAGGACAAGAAGAACUUCUUUAGUCUUCCAUCUGCGUGCUCCUUAACCUCAGGAAGGAAUUUGAAUUAG